AUGGACGCCUCCUCCCUCCGCAUCUCCAAGUUCGAUGGAACUAACUUCCACGCCUGGAAGUUCAAGAUGCAGAUGGUGCUGGAGGAACGGGACCUAUGGGAGGUCGUCAGCGGUGAGAUCAAGGCGGAACAGUGCGAGACUCAGUUGGACCAAGCGACGUACAAGAGGAAGUCAAGAAAGGCGAUGGCAGUGAUCUGUCUAGCCAUGGAAGAUUCCCAGCUACCGUUGGUCCGGUCGGCAAGUGGUGCAUGCGACGCAUGGUCAAGGUUGGAAGACCACUUCGAGAAGAAGAGUCUUGCCAACAAGCUGUUCUUGCGCCGUCGCUUCUUCACGACAAUGAUGGAAGAAGGCGACGAUGUGCUCGAACACAUCAACAAGCUCAAGACGCUGGCGGAACAGCUAGAAGCGGUGGGGGCUCCAGUCUGCGAGGACGAUCUGGUGAUCACACUUCUCGGCAGCCUGAGUGACUCGUAUCAAUUCUUGAUCACAGCUUUGGAGUCGCGCUCAGACACUCUUAGCUGGGAGCUCGUGACGUCUCGACUGCUUCAUGAAGAAAUGAAGCGGAAGGAGCAAGGAAGUAAAGGUGAUGAAGCUUCGCAAGGUCAAGCGUUCAUCACAAGGGACAAUCAGCGCAAAGGGCGACCAGUGAAGAAGUCCUGGCCGUGCCACAAUUGCGGAAAGAUUGGUCACUGGAUGGCGGAGUGCCCCUCGCGCAUCCAAGAAAACACGGAGAGACACCGGCCACAGCGUGCUCAAGACAGCGGCGACCGCUAUCGAUCACAACGUGCAAACGUCGCUCAAGAAGAAGACUCGGGCGACUACCUCUUUUCGAUCGGUGAAACGACAUCUGCGAAAUCGAGCGACAUCUGGCUGGUCGACUCCGGGGCGACGCAGCACAUGACGUGCUCCAAGAAGUUCAUGCGGAACUACAAGGGGUUUGACGCUGUGGAUGUCCAUCUCGCGGAUGAUGGAAUCGUCCAAGCAAUCGGCAGUGGGGACAUUGUCAUGUCGAUGAAGACACCCCAAGGGAUGAAGAAAGGUGUGCUCACAAACGUGUGGCACAUCCCAAAGUUAUCCAGAAACCUGUUCUCGGUCGGCCGCUUCAUCAAGGAUGUCGGCCCAGUGACGUUCACGAAGGAUGGGUGCUAUGGAGAAGCGAAAGGGACCAAGUGGAAAAUUGGUGCCCGUGAAGGUAAAGGACUGUUCAAGCUGCAAAUGACUCCAGUGGCGCCGGAACAAGCAAAUGCAGCCAAGUCGUCGGGAUGUCAAGGGGGCACCAAGUCGUACCUCUGGCACCUUCGGCUUGGCCACAUAGGUCACGAUGGACUCAAUUGCAUCGUGACGAAGAACAUUGGAAUUGGCAUCGACAUAUCUUCGGUGAAGAAGUGGGACGUGUGUGAAGGUUGUGCUCUGGGAAAACAGACUCGAGUGCGCUUCCAAUCAAACACUACAGCUCGCACCUCCAAACUCCUCGAAGUGAUUCACAGCGACGUAUGCGGACCGAUGUCGAUGGCAACUUUCAGUGGAAAACGGUACUUCGUGACAUUCAUUGAUGACAAGUCAAGAUACUGUGUCGUCUAUCUGCUCAAGAGCAAAUCUGAAGUUGCGGCGAAGUUCAUGGAAUACGCUGCGAUGGCCGAAACGCAAACCGGAAAGCGCGUGAAGUACCUUCAAAGCGACAAUGGGGGUGAAUACAAGUCCGACAAGCUGGCACGAUUCUGCGCGGAACGGGGAAUACAACAAAGGUUCACACCCCCAUAUACUCCUCAGCUAAACGGAGUAGCUGAGAGAAUGAAUCGCACGCUGGUCGAGUGUGCGCGUUGCAUGAUGGAACACGCUGGACUGGGAAAGAGCUACUGGGGUGAAGCAGUGAUGACGGCGAUGUUUCUUCGAAACCGCUGUCCAACACGUGCCAUUCACCAAGACAAGUCUCCAUAUCAAGUGUGGACGAUGAAGAAACCGAUUCUGGCCAACCUUAAAGUGUUUGGAUGCCACGCGUAUGUUCAAGUGCCUCAAGACAAACGCGCGAAGUUCGACUCCAAGUCAUCACUCUGUCGUUUCCUGGGAUACGUCGAACACCAGAAGUCAUAUCGAUUUGAGGAAGUGUCAACAGGAGCGAUCAAGAUCAGUCGCGAUGCCACAUUCAUGGAAGACAAGUUUGAUGAAGGUCCGCGCAACUACAACGAUGAGUCAAGUGUCGUUGAGUUUGAUGAUCAUGAUGAGGACGAAGAAAAAGAAGAAGGUAAAACUGACGACGACAUGGACUCGAGCGACGAUGACAACGAAGACACCAGGUCUUCGAAGAGCAACAUCAAGAGACACACGUGUUGA